GACCAUCAUCGGCGUGGUUAUCCUUGGCAUUGGCGACCCGACGGUGAAAGAACACUUGGUGCGCCACGCCGGCAGACUGGAUUCCUGGAUGAAGAUGAGGGCCGAGAUCCUGGCAAUUGCCCGGACCCAGAAGUACCUGCAGAGCGGGCCACAGCCAAUGGACAUUGGUCCGUGCUUCUACUGCCAGAAGAUGGGGCACACCAAGGCCGAGUGUAGGAAGCGGCUAGCAGACCCAGACCUCAAGAAGGCAGAGCAGAAGGCUGGAAAAGGUAGGCCGGCAGCCGCUGCUCCCGAAGAAGAGCCCGAACAAGAGUCGGUAGCAGCCUCUACCUUGUGUGUCGCAGUUCCCGCCUGCAGCCUCCCGACCGAGAGCCCCAAGCACAAGCUUUUGCUAGACACAGGUGCAGGUGGGGGUUUGGCUCCUUGUGGUUUUGACUUCGAGGCUCAGCAAUUUCCAGGCCCCAAGGUUAGCAUGACCACUUUUACCGGGGAACCGUUGGAGCUAGGUAAGAAGAAGGUUUCCAGCUUGCAACAUGAGAAAGUUUCGGUGAGUUUUGCGUACAGGGAGAGCAAGGAUGUGAGUUUUCCUGUGAUUUCCAUGUCCGGGGCCAGCAGCAACGGGACUUGGUUGGUGAUAGGCCCCAACACCCAGUGUCUUGUUCCAGGACCAAGGUUGGAGGCUUGA